UUGAGUUUUGACAUAUCUGUCUGUCAAACUCAAACAAAUCAAAACUUGGCGGCAAAAAUAAAUUUCAAUUUUUCCCAAAUAGAAUUUUGUUGUUUGUUCUAUUUAUUUAUUAAAUUUAAAUCGAUUAUGUCUCAAAAAACCAUCACAUCAUUCUUUAAGAAAACACCUGCAAAAUCAGAGAAACCACCGCCAACAACAAAUAAUAGUUCCGACGAUGAUGAUGAUUUUGGAAGCAAACCAAUUGAAACGAAGAAAAUCAAGCGUCGACGAAUUUCUAGCAGCGAUGAAGAAACUCCUAAAAAUGAAACUCCUGCCAAAAAACCAACAAUUGCUUUAAAAACGCCAGAAAAGUCGGUAAAGUUAGAAGAAAAGAAAUCAUCACUUGAAGCAAUUAAAACUGAAAAGAAAAGUCCUCCUAAAUCGGUUAAAAAGUCUCCGGUUUCUGAAAAGAAACCAAAAAAGAAAAGUCCCACAACGAAAGUUAAAAAAGAAAAGGAAGAUUCUAAAGAUAAAAAGGCUAAGCAAAUUGAAGCCGAAGUAAAAGAGGAAACUAUCGAAAAAGAUGUCAAACAAGAAGCAACUCCUCCAAAAGAAACUGUUAAGACUGAGAAAAUCUCUCCAGAAACUAAACCUCAAGAAAAAGUGGCGGUUAAGGAGUUGAAACUACAAACAGCUGGACAAGGACAAAAAGGUGCCGAUUUUGAUCCUUCGAAGAGAAAUUAUCAUCCAAUUGAUGAUGCCUUUUGGAAGCGAGGUGAAAAAACACCCUACUUGGCAUUGGCUAGAACGUUUCAACUUAUCGAGGAGAUUAGUGGACGUCUCAAAAUGAUCGAAGUUCUGAGUAACUUUUUUCGGUCGGUUAUAGUUCUUAGUCCCAAUGAUCUUCUGCCGUGUGUCUAUCUUUGUCUAAAUCAACUGGCUCCAGCUUAUGAAGGUUUUGAAUUAGGAGUUGCAGAAACAUCUCUAAUGAAAGUGAUCUGUCAAACAACUGGUCGCAGUAUGGCACAAAUCAAAUCACAAGUUCAAUCAACUGGUGAUUUGGGAAUUGUAGCUGAACAAUCAAGAAGUAAUCAACGAAUGAUGUUCCAACCAGCUGCACUCACAGUAGAUUCUGUGUUUCAUCGACUGAAGGAGAUCGCAAAGAUGCAUGGGCACUCGGCAAUGAAUAAGAAAGUCGACAAAAUUCAAUCAUUAUUUGUUGCAUGUCGUCACUCGGAAGCUCGUUUCUUUAUUCGUUCACUUUUGGGUAAAUUAAGGAUUGGUUUGGCUGAACAAUCUCUCCUGCAAGCUCUUGCCUUGGCAUGCACCAAUACUCCUCCAAAUCAAAAAGACUAUCCUCCAAAGAUUUUGCAUGCAGCUAAAAAGUUGAGCGAAAGCGCUUUCAAGUCGCAACUUGAUGAGAAUGCAUUGAUUUUGAAGACAACAUAUUGUCAGUGCCCCAAUUACGAUCGCAUAAUUCCUGUUCUCUUGGAACACGGACUCGAAAAACUCCUCGAACAUUGUCCAAUGGAACCUGGAACUCCACUCAAACCUAUGUUGGCUCAUCCAACUAAGGGAGUCCACGAAGUCCUGGAACGUUUUGAAGGCAUUAAAUUCACCUGUGAAUGGAAAUAUGACGGAGAACGUGCCCAAAUUCAUCGCAACGACAAAGGUGUAUUCAGUAUUUACAGUCGCAAUCAGGAGAACAACACUUCGAAGUAUCCAGAUUUGUUAUCUCGUAUUGAUGACAUUAAAAAAGAAAACGUUGAAUCGUACAUUAUUGAUAGUGAAGUUGUGGCAUGGGAUGUGGAGCGGAAACAGAUUCUUCCAUUCCAAGUGUUGAGCACGAGGAAACGUAAAGAUGCCGAUGAAGCGGAAAUUAAAGUACAAGUUUGUGUCUACAUGUUCGAUUUGCUCUAUUUGAAUGGCAAACCUUUGGUGACGGAAAAUUUUGUCGAACGUCGUCGAUUGCUGAAGGAGACAUUUAAUGAAGUCGAGGGUCAGUGGCAAUUUGCAACUAGUGUGGAUACUAGUGAUACUGAUGAGGUGCAGGCAUUCCUUGAGGAGUCAAUCAAAGGAAACUGCGAGGGUCUGAUGGUAAAAACUCUAGACAAAGAGGCAACUUAUGAAAUAGCGAAACGUUCAAGAAAUUGGUUAAAACUCAAAAAGGACUAUCUAUCUGGUGUCGGUGAUUCUUUGGAUGUGGUUGUUAUUGGAGGUUACAUUGGCAAAGGAAAAAGAACAGGUACCUAUGGAGGAUUUCUGUUGGCUUGUUACGAUGCUGACAACGAAGAAUAUCAAAGUAUUUGCAAAAUUGGAACAGGUUUCAGUGAUGAAGAUCUCCAAACACAUGCCGAAUUCUUUAAGAAGCACGUAAUCAAAGCACCCAAAUCCUACUAUCAAUAUGAUAGUUCCCAUGAGCCUGACGAAUGGUUUGAUGCCGUUCAAGUUUGGGAAAUUAAAUGUGCCGAUUUGUCUCUCAGUCCUGCCCACAAAGCGGCCAUAGGAAUUGUCGAUCCAGAGAAAGGAAUCUCAUUGCGUUUUCCACGUUUCAUUCGGAUACGAGAUGAUAAAACCCCAGAAGAUGCCACUUCUGCCCAACAAGUCGCUGAUAUGUAUUCGAAUCAAGAUCAAAUAAAAAAUCAACAACAUGGAUCGAAGGAUCCUGAAGAUGAUUUUUAUUGAGAGAAGGAGAGGAAUGAAAAUCAAAUUGUUUAAGUCGGUUAAGUGUUUUAUUUUUUAAUUUUAGCUAGAAACUAAUAAAAGAUCCACGUCGAAAGUUAUGUG